CUCCUCCUUUCAUGCUCAGGUCAGGUUGGUUGGCCGAGCAGGGGCGAUAAAGAUCGAGCCGUGACGUCAAAGGAGCAGACCCGGUAAAGCUGAGCCUCUCUCUGGAGGGCAUCGCUGAGAGGUGGAGACACAGACUCCGACCCGGACCCGACGCAGCUACGGUUCACAGCAGCCGCCAGCUGGUGCUGCUUUCCUAACGGACUCGACCCACUGGGACAGCUCCUAGUUGGGACUUGCGCUCCGAACUCAAUCCCAGCGCACGCCCCCAGCAGGAGUCACGCCCAAGGGACCGAGGAGUCAUGGCUCUGGGUGAAUUUGGUCUCCUCACCUGGCUUCGGGAAAGCCGGCAGUCGAAGAAAUUAAUCCUUUUUAUCGUAUGCCUUGCUCUCCUCCUGGACAAUAUGCUUCUUACUGUUGUGGUGCCCAUCAUUCCCAGUUAUUUAUACUCCAUGAAGCAUGAAAAAAAUGCCACAGAAAUACAAACUGCCAAACCAGAAACUGGGUCUCCCACCUUCAGCAGCAUCUUCUCCUAUUAUGACAAUUCCACAAUGGUCACUGGAAAUGUCAUUAAAGCACCUGAAAAAGAACAGUCAUAUAAGACAGUGACACAGCAAAUGGUAGUCAAUGCAACCAGCAUCCCAUCUGACUGCCCCAAGGAAGAAAAAGACCUGAUCAAUGAAAACGUUCAAGUUGGCUUAUUAUUUGCUUCCAAAGCUACCAUCCAGCUCCUCACUAACCCUUUCAUAGGGCCAAUGACUAACAGAAUAGGCUACCAGAUCCCAAUGUUUGCAGGAUUCUGUAUCAUGUUUGUGUCCACUGUCAUGUUUGCUUUUUCUAGGAGUUACGCAUUACUCCUCAUAGCAAGAUCCUUGCAAGGAGUGGGUUCUUCUUGUUCUUCCGUAGCUGGGAUGGGUAUGCUGGCCAGCGUUUACACGGAUGAUGAAGAAAGAGGCAAUGCCAUGGGAAUUGCCUUGGGAGGACUUGCUUUGGGAGUGCUAGUGGGACCACCCUUUGGGAGUGUGAUGUAUGAAUUUGUGGGGAAGACUGCGCCUUUCUUGGUUCUGGCUGCCUUAACUCUGCUGGAUGGAGCUAUUCAACUGUUUGUUUUCCAACCAUCCAAGAUUCAACCAGAAAGUCAGAAAGGAACCUCGCUGGUCACUCUGUUGAAGGAUCCUUACAUCUUGAUCGCUGCAGGGUCGAUCUGCUUUGCAAACAUGGCUAUUGCAAUGCUUGAGCCAGCAUUACCGAUCUGGAUGAUGGAGACCAUGUGUUCCAGAAAAUGGCAGCUGGGCGUUGCUUUCCUACCAGCUAGUAUCUCUUAUCUUAUUGGAACCAAUAUUUUUGGGAUACUUGCGCACAAAAUGGGAAGGUGGCUUUGUGCUCUCUUGGGGAUGAUCAUUGUUGGAAUCAGCGUUUUAUGUGUACCACUUGCAAGAAACAUUUAUGGACUGAUCGCACCAAAUUUUGGAAUUGGUUUUGCGAUUGGGAUGGUGGAUUCCUCAAUGAUGCCCAUUAUGGGCUAUUUGGUAGAUCUGCGCCAUGUCUCCGUCUACGGGAGUGUGUAUGCCAUUGCAGAUGUUGCCUUUUGCAUGGGGUAUGCAUUAGGCCCUUCUGUCGGUGGGGCCAUCGCAAAAGCAAUUGGAUUCCCAUGGCUCAUGACAAUUAUUGGGAUCAUUGAUAUUAUCUUUGCCCCUCUGUGCUUUUUCCUUCGAAGUCCACCUGCCAAGGAAGAAAAAAUGGCAAUACUCAUGGAUCACAACUGCCCAAUCAAAACAAAAAUGUACACACAGAACAACAUUCAGGCAUAUCCAACAGUUGAUGUUGAAGAAUCUGAAAGUGACUGACUUCAAAAGUCAAUAAGUAUUCCAUUGUAUAAAAGUGUUUCCUGUGAAACUGCUCAUCAAAAAUCUUAGUUGUACUGUAUGCUAAUGGUGUAGUAAAGAAACCAAAGGUUAAAAACAUUUCUUUCCCAAUGUUAUGAAAGAUUGCUAACAGCCUUAUAAAGAAAAAGCUUUUCUAGGGGUUUGUAUAGUGUUGAAAAGUUUAUUUUAAGUAUUUAAUUUUAUUAAAUAUUAUACAAUAUAUUUUUAUUAAACUGUAGUGUAAAUCUGUAUAAAUAGUUGAACCUUAAUCAAGUAUAAUUUUUUAAACUUACAUUCCUGAACACUUAGCAAAAGAUCCUCUAUUUUUUUCUGAAUCACUACUGGUAGGUAAUGUGUAUGCAUAAACAACGCAUUAUCUAGUCUAUUCCAACAAUGCAGAAACUAUUCAAUGUCCAAAGAAUAGAAUCAAUCUGACGAUUAUUUUUAAAGGUUAUUCUGAAUGACAGUGCUGAAUUGUACUUGAACUUGUAGUAUACAAAGAGAAAUGAAAAACUGGUUAGGGAAAUAAAAUUAAAAUUCUUUGGAAAGUAUCAGUUUUGAGGUUAAGGUGGUUACUAGAACUCAUCGAUCACCUUUUUGGCAUACACGUGAAGUGACACUGGCAUUACUUUUCCACAUAACAACCGCUAGUGUUCUGGGAAACAAGGUAUUCAUGUAAAGUUAUUUUUAUUUAUUAGGAUAUUGGUGGUAAUUGCUGAAUCAAUUAAAAAUAUAUUUUGUUGAGGAGGCAGAGAAAAAUACCAGUAAACAUAUAUGAUAAUAAUUAAGAAUUUCUGUUAAUGUUUAUUAGUUUAUUAGACUUGUUAGAAAAAGAUUGCAUGGAGGGUGUUAAGUUAUAAAAGUGUAUUCAACUUACACAAUUUAGAUUGUUCAUCCAUGGCCUGACAUGAACUUUUAGUUCAAAAUACCAUAGAAGCGGCCUGAAUGGUAAAUAUUUAAAGGGGAAAAAAAUACUAACCCAAAUCACAGGUAUCUUCAAUUGCUUUAGAACAACACUGUCUUGUAGUAGUUAGGAUACUAAAUUUUGGGUUACUUGUAACUUUAGUAUUAUCUAUACAUCCAAAUGUGUUUACAUAAAAUAUUUCUUUGAAAAAAAAUAAUUUAAAAUGGAGACGAAGUAAAAAUGGAAUGAUUUCUUUCCAAAGCUUCAGUGUAACGAGGCAAGCACUACUAGGUGCAGAGUAGGAUCCAUUCACAUAUCUAUCUACACCACUACAAGAAAAUAAAAGUAACACUGAGCUAUCUAAAAAAGAUUCAACAUUCAUCUCAUGCACUGUAAUGUGGGAUUUCAAGUGUGAAUGAAACUAUGUGCCUUUUUUUCAAAGUAACAACACAUUUUGUGUGACAGUGAAGACUUGUUUACAUAUGGUUUUGUAAAAUGUGCCAAGUGUCUUUAGGGUACUGUAAAAUGUCGUAUACUUUUGAAAUGAAAGUAGUGGCCAAUUGAACAAUUUUGUGAUCAUAAAACAAACGAAAGUAGUCAAAAUUGUUAUUGGUUGAUAUAAAACGCCAUGUUAUAAACAGAUCAAUGGGUAAAUAGUUAAAAAGAACUUUCUCUGUCUCAUUUCUUAUUCUCUAGGAGAGUUGUCAACUCCACUCAUUCAUACUUUAUGGAGAUCUUAUCACUAUGGUUCCUUCUGAUGAAAAGUUCAAUUUCUAUGUGUGACAAACUAAAAUGAACUACCCAAGCACUUCCUGCCAUAGGCUACCCAUGUCCAUUCUGAUGUACAAGUUCUGACAAAGCUUGGUUGGGAUUGAAACAAAAGCUCAUCAUGUGUUCUCUAAUUGUACAUUUGUAUGUGGCUAUAAACAGGAAUGAGCCAAAGAAACAGGAAACUUCAUGAGUAUGUAAAAUUGGCACAAAGACAAGGAACUGUACUUUAGCAGGUCACCUUAAUUUUCUUAACCAGUCAAGGGGGUAGGCUAGGUAGCUCAGUGGAUUGAGAGCCAGGUCUACAGGGCUCAAAUCUGACCUCAUACAUUUCCUAUCAGUGUUACCCUAGGCAAAUUACUUAACCCCAUUGCCCACCCCUUAGCACUCUUCUGCUGUGGAACUAAUUCUAAGAAGGAAGAUAAGGGUUUAAAAAAAACAAAACACUCCACAGAACUUCCAUUGCUAACAGUCUGGGGAUAGAUGCUAUUUGAGGAGUAUGAAAAAGGAUUUAGUUAGUUAAAAAUAAUUCUCGUAUUUCAGGUUGGUACGACCUAAAAGAGAACAUAUUCCAAACUAUUGAACAGAGCAAACUGAUGUACUAAAUACAUACAUAUAUAUGUAUGUAUCAUAACAUAUGUAUAAGCAGAAUACCAUUUCCCUCAUGACUGUACUUGAAACAAAUGUGGAUAUUAUGUUGGUAAUUGGUUAAGAAAUUGUGUUGAUGAAAGUACAAGGAGUUUUUAAUGAGGCAGCAGUGCCUUUGUAUGUCUUUUUUUGGAGGAGUGAGUGUAAAUGUGAAAUUCAUGUUUCAGUCAUUUAAAGAAAUAAAUGGGCUCUGAAUUCUA